CCCCGGCUCUGCCCCGGCUCUGCCCCGGCCCCGCGGUGCCGGCGGCAGGAAGGAGGAAGGGACACGGCAGGAGGGAGAGCGACCUGCUCGGGCUCUGGCAGCACGGGGGAAAAAUGAACAAGAUGAAAAACUUCAAGAGGAGGUUUUCGCUCUCGGUCCCGCGGACGGAGACCAUCGAGGAGUCGCUGACGGAGUUCACGGAGCAGUUCAACCAGCUCAACAACCAGAGGAAUGAAGACCUGGCCCAAGGGCACCUGCAGCUGGGACAGCUGGGCAGGGAAUUCCGGGCCGACAGCAGCCCCCUCUCGCCGUCGGAGGUGGAAGGGCAGUCCCCGGUGGCCGUCAGGUACCGCAGCAACAACCAGCGCCGCUUCUCCAUGGAGGACGUCAGCAAACGCCUCUCCCUGCCCAUGGACAUCCGCCUGCCCCCCGAGUUCCUGCAGAAGCUGCAGAUGGAGAGCCCGGAGUUCCCCAAGCCCCUGAGCAGGAUGUCCCGACGGGCUUCCCUCACAGAAGACACCUGGCCUGGGAUCACAUCCAACGAGGAGUUCAAGGCUUACAACUUCACCCAGUACCGAGCCCAGCCCUUGAUAAAUCACGCCCCCAGGCUGGACUCAGAAGGCAUUGACCUGCUGACAAACCUCCUUCUGUACAGGGUCAAGAGCCGGAUCUCAGCAGAGGCAGCCCUGCAGCACCCCUACUUCAAGAGCCUGGGAGACAGGGUGCACCUCCUGCCUGACAAUGCCUCCAUCUUCUCCCUGAAGGAGAUCCAGCUUCAAAAGGACCCUGGAUACCGAGGCUCAGCCUUCCAGCAGUCAGCCCGAGGGAAGAACAGGAGGCAGAGUAUAUUUUAAACCUGGAUCUCGUGUUCCCCUUGUCACCAUGGAGAUGGAAGCACUGAGGAAGGAGACGGCAGUGAGCUCCCACCCGACCCCCCGCAGGAUUCCCGCAGGAUUCCCGGCCGGGGCAGGACAAUGCUGAAGUGCCCUCGGCCUCAGGAUGUCCCUGUGUGUCCCCAAACCCCCUGGAGCUGCUGCUGAUGGACCUGUGGCCUUGUUUUCCCCCUCUCAUUUCCGUGUUGUCCCCGUCAGACGUGAGCUGCCACCCCCCGAGCAGGGGCUCCACUGAGGAGCUGCAGGACCACGAGCUUGUACAGCUGCACCCUGGGGGUGAGCUGGGCACGGGGGGGUUCUGUGAAGCACAGGGGUGGUGUCUCCAAAGCUGUGGUGGUGUCUGGCCCAGGCAGGCCUUUCUGAACAUGUACCUUUGCUCAGACAACCUGCUCUGCACCCCCAGUUUCUUGGGAGGGACACUUUGCAGUCGUGGACACGACCCAGCCUGGCACUGGGAGGCUGCCCCUGGAGCACAGAAAGCAGGGCAGCCCUCCCUUGUUUCCCUUGCUUCUUCUGCCUGCAGAGCCCCUUUUUUUCCUCUCCCCAUCUUUGGUCCCUGAAUCCUGACAAGGAUGGGGCGGCUGGAAGGGGAGGGCUCCCCGUCGCUUCUCCUUCCACAUCUCCUCAUCGCUUC